AUGUCGUCGGAUAAGAGUAAGAGUGAAAGGAAAAAGUAUGUAGUACAGAGAAUACGAUCAAUAUUGAAGCUAAUAUUAAUGGUCCUAAUAAACAAUUUCGAUCAAAUUGGUCACGUUGGUUUCGGACCGGAGUUUCGUGAUUACUAUUUGGACCGAGUAAAGUAUGGUGGACUCAUCGAACUUUACAGACAGUUCCUUGUGGUCGUGGUCAAACUCAUCAUCGAAUACGCCCAUCUUCCAAGUAACAAUUCGAAGAUUGCGAAGGAUGUAGACGAGAUCAUUGACUUCGAAUCGAAGAUUGCGAAAAUCAUGGUGGCUGAAGAGGAUCGCAAUGACCAUAAUAGGAUGUACAAUCUUCGCCGCCUUGCUGAUAUGGAGAAAUUGACACCCAUGGAUCAGCGUUCAGGUAGAGAAAAAUCAGAGCCGGCCUAA